CUUGUCCCAGAAGAUGAGGACUGGUGAUGAGCUGGUGAAUAUCAAUGGCACUCCAUUGUAUGGCUCCCGCCAAGAGGCCCUCAUUCUCAUCAAAGGCUCCUUCCGGAUCCUCAAGCUGAUUGUCAGGAGGGUGCUGACUGGUUUCUGGAGCAGCGUCUUCACUCCUACCCAGCUCUUGAUACUGGUUUUCAUUCCCAAAGGCUGUGGACACAUCUAGGCCCAACUAGGUUGAUGGCCAUAACUUGCCUUCAGUGCUACUCCUUUCUGUUCUUGGAACCGGGAGCUGACUGUACCUGAGUCCCUUGGAUCACACUCAGGAGCUUGGGCUGAUGGCCCCUCAUCUCAGGAAGUCUUAAGAGGAAGGCAGAUGGGUCUCAGCUAAAGGAGGAUCCAGCCUGCAGAGUGAAGCCCUGGGGGCUGGCUGGAGGGGUUGUUGAUGGGCAUCUGAGCUGGCUGACUACCCAGCUUCCUCCUAAGCUAUCUCCUCACCCUGGGCAACUUUCAUGGAGAAACGCCCCUGUCAGUAGGCCGCACUCAUGGCAUGUGGCCAAGCUGCUGGAGGGAUGCCCUGAAGCGGCCACCACCAUGCAUUUCCCUUCUGAAGCCUUCAGCUUGUCCUGGCAUUCCGGCUGCAACACAAGUGACGUGUGUGUGCAGUGGUGUCCACUCUCCCGGCACUGUAGCACUGAGAAAAGCAGCUCCAUUGGCAGCAUGGAGAGCCUGGAGCAACCAGGCCAAGCCACCUAUGAGGGCCACCUCUUGCCCAUUGACCAGAACAUGUACCCCAACCAGCGUGACUCAGCCUAUAGCUCCUUCUCGGCCAGCUCAAAUGCCUCUGACUGUGCCCUUUCCCUCAGGCCAGAGGAGCCAGCCUCUGCUGACUGCAUCAUGCAAGGCCCAGGGCCAAGUAAGGCCCCUAAUGGCCGGCCUAAUGUGGCUGACACCUCAGGAGGUAGCCAGCGCACCAAUGGGGGCCACCUGACUUCCAGCUCCCAGAUGUCAUCCUGCCCACAGGAGGUCCACCACUCAGGGCCUGCUAAGACUACCAGGGGCCCACCUCAACCUCCAAUGAGGCGAGACAGUCUUCAGGCCUCCAGAGCCCAGCUCCUCAAUGGAGAGCAGCGCAGGGCUUCUGAACCUGUGAACUCCUUGCAACAGGAGAAACCAAGCUUAGAAACCGUUCUAUUCCCAAGAAACCCUAACAGGUUCUGCUGCCUCAGUGGGCAAGAUCAAGUGACAAAUGAGGGCCAUCAGAACUGUGAACUCAGCCAAACUCCUGAACCCAGCCAGCAGGGCUCUGAGCAUCUACUGAUGGAGGCCUCAGCCAAAGCUGUUGGAUUCCCAAAAGCAUAUGACAAAGCUUCCAGUGUAGAUUCCAGCCCACUCAACAAGGCUUCAGCAGAGCUAGCUAAGGCUUCUUUUGGCAGCACUCUACACCUCACAGGGCAUCGCCAUAGUGCGCCUGAACAGCUGCUGGCAUCCCACUUACAGCGUGUACACCUUGAUACCAGGGGCAGCAAGGGAAUAGAGCUCCCAACUGGGCAGGAUGGGCAUGAGUGGACUCUGUCUCCUUUGCAUAGCAGCCACACAGAGAAGAAAAGUCCAUGUCUGUCUGCAGGAGGAACCCAGGACCAGCCCAGCAAAGAGAGAAAGACUAGGCCAGUGGAUGAUAGGCCUUUAGGUUCAGGGCACCAGAGCCCAAGCAGUUCUCCACAUGGAGAGGCUGAUGGACACCCUCCAGAAAGAGGUUUCCAGGACCCAAACAGAGUAGGCAGUGAAUUGGCCAUCCAGCAGCCCUCUGCUUCUGACUCGCUUAUUCAACAAACCAGGGACUGUUCUGCAACCACUAAAGUACCUGGCAGCACAGAGGCGACUGAAGAAGGGGACAAGGAGCCCAAGGAGUGUGGCCGGGUGGGUGGUAGGCGAAAUGGAGGGACCCGGGGCCGCUCAAUCCAAAACCGGCGGAAGAGUGAGCGUUUUGCUACCAAUCUGCGUAAUGAAAUUCAGAGGAGGAAGGCUCAGCUCCAGAAAAGCAAGAAUCCCUUGUCACAGCUGUGUGACACUAAGGAGCCAGUGGAAGAGACCGAGGAGCCCCUAGAAAGUCCUUCACUUCCCCCCUCUAACUCAUCUCUUCUAUCUUCAUAUAAAAAACCACCUAGCCCCAGAGACAAGCUCUUCAACAAGAGCAUGAUUCUCAGGGCUAGGUCUUCAGAGUGCCUCAGCCAAGCCCCUGAGAGCCAUGAAUCUAGGACAGGCUUGGAGGGACAAAUAAGCCCUGGCCAGAGGCCCGGCCAGGCCUCUUUGGGCCUGAAUACCUGGUGGAAAGCAUCUGACCCAUCCUCCUCAGACUCUGAGAAAACAGAUGUUCACUGUGGAGUCCGUGGAGGUCAAUGGAGAUGGUCUCCAGAGCACAACCUGCAGCCACAUGUGGCACUAGCCAUGGAAGGCCCUUCCAACCCAGGUGACAACAAAGAAUUGAAGGCUUCUACUUCCCAAGCUGGAGAGGAAACCAUCCUCUUGCCCUUUGCAGACAGAAGAAAAUUCUUUGAAGAGAGUAGCAAAUCCUUAUCUACAUCUCAUUUGCCAGGUUUAACCACACAUGGCAACAAGACUUUUACCCAGAGACCAAAACCUAUAGACCGAAACUUCCAGCCAAUGAGCUCCACCUAUAGGGAAUUGAGGCGCCAUCCCAUGGACCAACCAUAUCAUGCCACAGACCAAUCAUAUCAUUCCAUGUCACCCCUUCAGUCAGAAACUCCCACUUACUCCGAAUGUUUUGUGAACAAGGGUCUAGAACAAUCCAUGUGUUGUAAGCCACUGCACUGUGGUGAUUUCGAUUACCACAGGACCUGCUCUUAUUCCUGCAAUGUCCAGGGAGCUGUAGUCCAUGACCCUUGCAUUUAUUGUUCUGGGGAAAUCUGCCCUGCUCUGCGAAAAAGAAAUAUGAUGCCCAACUGCUACAACUGCCGGUGCCAUCACCACCAGUGCAUCCGGUGUUCAGCUUGCCAUCAUAAUCCUCAGCACAGUACCCUCGAGGACAGCAGCUUGGCACCUGGCAAUGCUUGGAAACCCAGGAAGCCGACAGUGCAGGAAUUUCCUGGGGACAAAUGGAAACCAAUAACAGGAAACAGGAAGACCAGCCAGUCAGGGAGGGAAAUGGCUCAUUCCAAGGCUAGCUUUUCAUGGGCAACCCCCUUCCAUCCUUGCACUGAGAACCCAGCACUCGACUUGUCAAGCUACCGAGCAAUCUCUUCUCUUGACCUCCUGGGAGACUUCAAACACUCCCUGAAAAAAACAGAGGAAACUUCAGUAUAUGAGGAGGGGAGCUCCAUGGCCUCCGUGCCCCGGCCACUACGCAGCCGUGCCUUCUCAGAGAGCCAUAUCAGCUUGGAGCCCCAGAGCUCCCGGGCCUGGGGGCAGCAUAGGAGGGAGAUCUUUACCAAAGUUGAUGAGACCCAGCCGGAUCCUCUGGGAGCCAGGAAGAAGGCCUUUCCUCCUCCUCGCCCUCCUCCUCCCAACUGGGAGAAGUACAGGCUUUUCCGUGCAGCCCAGCAGCAGCAGCAGCAGCAGCAGCAGCAGCAGCAGCAGCAACAGCAGCAACAGCAACAGCAGCAACAGCAGCAACAGCAACAGCAACAGCAACAGCAGCAACAGCAACAGCAACAGCAGCAACAGCAACAGCAACAGCAACAGCAGCAGCAAGAGGAUGAGGAAGAAGAGGAGGAGGAAGAGGAGGAAGAAGAAGAAGAGGGGGUAGAAGAGGAGGAAGAGGAGGGGGAGGAGGAGGAGCUGCCACCCCAGUAUUUCAGUUCAGAAACUACUAGUUCCUGUACCCUCAAUCCUGAGGAGGUCCUGGUGCAGGCACAACCCAUGGCCUUUGGCCAUUUGGAGACCUCAAGGCAGGGCUCACAAAGCCUCCCAGCAGAGCAAGAGUCUUUUGUUCACCAUUCCAGUGAUUUCCUGCCUUCAAUAAGGGGCCACUUGGGAUCUCAACCUGAGAAGGCUCAGCCCCCUUGCUAUUAUGGCAUUGGUGGGCUUUGGAGGACAUCAGAGCAGGAGACCACUGAUUCCCCCAAACCAGAAGCCUUGAUGACAGAAGAGUCCAAACCCAAGCCAGCAUGGAGCCAGAGCUACUUCUUUCCUGAGGAGCAGUUCUCUUUUAUGGGCUGGGGCUCUGAGAAGCAGCACCUCAGCCCCGCGGGCUUUGGUGAACCCAAGACAACAGGACAAGAGUUUCAGCACUUCUCGCCUCCUCAGGGGGCCCCAGGGAUCCCUACCUCUUACUCAGCUUAUUACAAUAUUUCUGUGGCCAAGGCAGAGCUGCUGAACAAGUUGAAAGACCAGCCCGAGAUGGUAGAGAUUGGUCUGGGAGAAGAGGAAGUUGACCAUGAACUGGCUCAAAAAAAGAUACAGCUUAUUGAAAGCAUUGGCAGAAAACUUUCUGUCCUGCGGGAGGCCCAGCGAGGACUGCUGGAGGACAUCAGUGCCAAUUCUGCCCUUGGGGAGGAGGUGGAAGCCAACCUGAAAGCCGUCUGCAAAUCCAAUGAGUUUGAAAAAUAUCAUUUGUUUAUCGGGGACCUAGACAAAGUGGUCAACCUGUUGCUGUCACUGUCUGGACGACUGGCCCGGGUGGAGAAUGCUCUCAACAGCAUCGAUUCAGAGGCCAACCAGGAGAAGUUGGUGCUGAUAGAGAAAAAGCAGCAGUUGACAGGGCAGUUGGCAGAUGCCAAGGAGCUGAAGGAGCACGUGGACCGCCGGGAGAAGUUGGUGUUUGGUAUGGUCUCCCGCUACCUGCCUCAAGACCAGCUCCAAGAUUACCAGCACUUUGUAAAGAUGAAAUCUGCCCUCAUCAUUGAACAGCGAGAGCUGGAAGAGAAGAUCAAGCUCGGGGAAGAGCAGCUCAAAUGUCUCAGGGAGAGCCUACUCCUGGGGCCCAGCAAUUUCUAAUUCUGCCAGCAGAUUGCCCAUACCAUCCCUGCCCAGCCACAAUGGGAAAUGCUUUCAAUCUUCGUUAGCAGUUUGUUAGCGAGUAGAUAGCAGUUAGUUAGCAGUUUGUUCCAUAUCCUCUACCCUGAAUGUCUCUCACUGCCCAUACCUAGCAGUGUUCCCAACCAGCCAGGAGACCCUGGGGAGGCCCCAAGCUUCUACUCUAGGGAGUAGAAGCAAGAAGUAGGAGCUGCAGCAAGAUGUGAUCAUACAACCACAUUCUCCUUCCCACGGUUUGCAUGGGCAAGCACUCACCACACACAGAACCAACAAAGUGCCUUCAUUAUUCUUUGUACUAGGACACCAAAAACAUCACACACUCACCACUCACCCACACUCGGCCUCUCAAGACUCAGAGAGAAGCUGCCUGUGUAGCUCCACUCUCCCCCAAGGCUCAUGACCCAGCCACUUCCCACAGAUAGCUGGCUGUCUUGAGGGCAUUCACUUACCACCAUUUUCAGGACCCCCCCCCCCCCCCGCACCCCAAGCUUUGCAGGGGGAAACAGAGAAGGAGAAAUUACACUUAAUAGAAUGUGAGCAAAGGUUGGGAAUCCCCAGGUGUCCUGCUGGAAGGAGCUAGGCUUAAACAAAUUAGCUCCACCCCCACCUUCCCCAGCAUCUAGUUGAGGAGGAAGAGGCCUACUUUCAUCCCUGACUAGUGUGGCCCUCCUCCUAUCCUAAGACUUUUGGCCUACUGCUUCCUGUUUCAGCUUGCCUUUUCGUUGCUAGGGGUUACAGUGGCCUACCCAAAGGGCUUCACACUAUGGGCCAUUAAUAGCUCUACUAAAGCUGACUUCUGGAUACAUGUUUCAUUAUUGAGGGGAGGGAGUUGUUAUUAUUGUAUUUUAAAUGGCCUUUUGAUUUUAUUUAUUUUUAUGUUUUGAUUGUCUUUUUCUUUUUUAACUAAUAAGGUGAGAAGAGGGGAGUUAGAGAGGGAAAAGUUAGCCCAGAAGGAAAGCGUUUCUGCAGAUCAGCCUGAAUUCACCAUGGCUAAAUAAGCGAGUGCCGAGGCCUUGAGUUCUUCCCACUAUAGCUGACAAGUAUCGAAGAAAAGAAUUCUCACUUUGAACUCAGAGCUUCCCUACUAUGGCCUGGUCCUAUACUUCCCUUGAAGUCUAGAUGACCGUGAGCUUAGCACUUCCCAACAGGGUUCAAUUUUUUCUUACUCAAUUUUUCUUGAAACCAAAAAAAUCUGAAAGUGACAAAGCUUCACCCAUUUCUCUACCAUCUCCAAGCUAAGGAAUGGGUAGAGGUAAGCUCAGGAGAAGCUCCUCUAUCUAACAAUUGCUUUCCAGCCUGGGACCUGGCUCAGGGAACCAAAACUCAUAGUAGCUGAAAUCUCCAGCCAGGGCCAGGCCCCCCGGGGCAAAUUAUAAUCCAGCCAGGAUUUUAGGCACAUAAACAACUAAUGCUGCUGCUGACACCCAUAGCCAGUUUCUAUCUUGGAAAAGCCCUCAGGUGGGCAAUGGCAGAAAGGGAGUUGUGGCCAAACUCUGCCCUUGUUAUCCAGCUCAAUUCCCUAUUCCUUGCUAACUGGGGCUCAUGCUUGGUAUUGCACAGCCCUGCCCAGCAAACCCUGGCAUCUCUUCUAGUUACUGCUGAGUUCCUCAGGGUCCUUGGAGGUCAACUGUAGCAGCAGGGGUGCCUCAUUCAACCAAAGAAUUUGCCAAGAAACUUUGCUGCUGCUACAAAUACUGGUCUCGAGUUUCUGUUUCCUCUUCAUUGUAUUUGAAAACAAUGAGAGAAUCUUGGCCAGCAGGGUAUCCUGAGGGGAGCCCUGGGUAUGCUCUUAGUACACUGCUGCUGGUAAAAUGUCAACCUGCUAUUCUCCCCUCAAGUGGAGGAUUCUACUCUGUUCAGGAAGAUUAAUGGUUUGUAAAGGGCUAGGCUUACCCACACCAAGGUUGAGGAAGUUGGGGAGUGCUUUGAAUAGAGGCUGUGGUUGCCAUCUUUUCUUUUUAAUAGGCUCCAGGACAAAACAAUGAGCAAGUUGAGAUGUCCUGUACUGGGGGGAUGAAGGCAAUAUAGUUCACCAUUCUAAGGUGUUUUUUUUUUGGCUAGAACAGCUUUUUGGGAAUAUAGGCCCAGGGAAAAGAGUGGUGACUUACCUGGACACCAUGACCAUGAUCUGGGUUUUUCUUAUCAACGUUAGAUUGGUUGUACCUUAAGUUUAUCACACUACAAGUACUAUUGACUCUGUUAUUUGUGUCCUUUAUCUCACCUCAAAUUAUUCUAGAGUUGGAAUCAGAGUAUAAGGAUGCUCAUUUUCCCAUGAAAGGACAAUUUUCAAAGCACUUAAAUAACCCCAAAACUAUAUUGAACAGUGAAGCUCGAAAGACAGAGGUGAGCUUCUAAAGAGGCAUGGAUGCCCUGCACUGCUAAUGUGGCAGUCUCAUUGUGAGUGAUAGUGCUGCAAAGCUGCCAGUAUUACUUGAGAUUCAGUGUCUCUCCUCUAUUCUCAUUUCCUGGGCUUAGCCCUUCACUAAGGCCUGCCAGGGAGUAGCAAUUUGGAAGGCAGGCCAAGGGAUUUCCCCAAAGACAGUUAUUAGUAUUGACUUCUGCCCUCUCCCUUCAAAUACUCAUGAACAGGCCCCAGUGGGUAAUAGGUAAACUCAGUGGUUGAUAUAUGGAGAGGAAUCAGUCCAAGAGUUACUAUCAUAUGUCCUCCUUACUUUCCCCAUCUCCCAUUGGCUCCCAGGGCUCUGGGUAAUUGAGUCUCCUUGAGGCCCACCAGCUGCAGACUCAGCGAGAACAGAAAAUGCUCAAGGGGAAUCCAAGAGAAAGAGACAGAGACACCGAAAAUAAAUCCCUAGAAAGGGAGAGACUGGAAGCAGAGGAACAGAGAAGGAGAAAAGAUGAAAAGUCUCUUUCAAGACCAAGUUCAGGUUCUGUUUUCCCUUUAACCUCAUGUGCCAAAAAGCUGCCUAGGGGCACCAGAGCCAUAACCUUAACCCCAGCCUCCCUGAAGGUGCUGCUCUGCCAGUAGCAGGCCCCAGAUGGAAGAAGCUGGGCCACUUCUCCAGUCUGGAGCUUGGUGACUCCCUCUGUCUUUGCCAAAGGAGUUGUCUAUGCCAAUAAUAUUUCUGUAACAGCAUAUUGUAUUCUUUGAAGAUUAGUAGCUCUUUAGAGGGGGGUGGGGCAGGGGGCAAUUUCUAUAGAUAAAGGACCAGUGUUUGUUGUACAACUGUUGGGGGUCAUCUAUCCCAUGUGAAGCUAUUAUUUUUCUGAAUCUUAUUGUUCCUGCAUUUGUGUCCUCCACCACUCCCUUCUUGGCUGACAUUGAUAUGCCUGCCAGAUUAUCAUCAAGGGUCAUACUUCAAUAAAAGGUGCUAAGGACAAAAAAAUACAUCUCACGUGUUUUGACUGAGGUGAUGGAAAUCUCCCAAUAUUCUGCUGAAAAGGAUUGGAAAGGAAUUUGGUCACCUAUCUAUAGUCCUUCAUAAGUAACCAUAUGACCAGAGCCUUACCCAUGUCCCUAAACCCUUACCCUGGCCCCUCAGGAAUAGCACUGAUGCUAUACUAUUCAUUAUCCCCAGUAAAAUAAUUUAGAAUUCAGGAAGAGUCAACAAUAGGUGCAAUCUCAUGUGUAAACCUCAAUAGUAUACAGUAUGGUUCUGGAGUUCAUCCUGAUCAGAGGUGAGCCACUUUCUAGAUCUCCUCCAAUCUUGUGUUCUGUCUACUAGUAUCAUCUUAUUCUACAUGACAGUCCAGUCUCACACCUUCCUUCUUAGCAACCUGGAAAGCAAGGUCCUCGCUGAUCAGCUCUCCGAGGUAACCUCAAGGUUUAGACCCAAGUGCACUCCAGGCACCUCCUCUGAUGCUGAAAAGCUUACUUUUCCCCCCGAUCCAUGCAUUGUUCAUAUCCCAACUGAUCUCCUCCUAUUCCAGAUAUCCAGUGCAGUAGAGUGGAAAGAGCCAGCUUUGGCAUUAGAAUGAAUUGGGUCCAAAUUCUGGCUCAGCCAUUUAUUCUAUGAACCUGGGUUUUUUGCUCAACUUCUGAGUUCAUUUUCUUAUCUGUAAAAUGGGAACAAUAAUAGGUAUUUUGCAGGGCCGUUGUGGCUUAAAAAUAACAAAUGAAAGCCACUAGGUAUCUACUGAGAAAUUCUUAGGCAAAAUCCUGGGCUCUGCUUCAAACCCACUGACAACAGUCUGCGUUUUAGCUAGAUUCCCAGGAGAUUCGUAUUCGUAUUAAAAGUUGAGAAGGACUGACCUAUCACAAAUAUGCCCAAUACAUGGUGACUAUUAUUCUAGUCCUGACUUACUCAAUUUAUUCUUUCCUAAUCCCAGACAUAUUCUUGCUCUUCUCAUACUGCUCACAACUACCUGCCUAAAUGAAUUCAAUAAGGUUGCAGGAUACAAGGUUGAUAAAUAAAAUCACUUGUAUUUCUAUACACUAGCAAUAAACAAUCUGAAAACAAAAUUAGGAAAACAAUC